CCGAUCCCAUGAAAUAGCGCGAGAUCUCCCACCCUAGCCCUCAACCUCCGCGAAGGUGAAGUGACUCAAGUGGAUUGUUCGCUGGUGGCUGGAUGCUUAAUCAUGAUGGUGUGAGGAUAAAUGUGCUUGAAUUAUCUGAGGCCAAAAUGAGAUUGCCUUAUUCACUCUUCAGUGACCUUGUUCCUGUUGACUAAAAAGUCUAACUAGAUUUGCUUUAGAAGCCAAACUCUUGACAAGAGAAUAUAUCUUUUUUGGAUCCUAGGAGUUAUUUUAUGAGAAAUCUUGUGAGACCACUGCAUGGAAUGAUGAUUGUACAAAGAGUGGUAUUGAAUUCCCGACCUGGAAAAAAUGGCAAUCCAGUGGCAGAGAAUUUCCGAAUAGAAGAAGUCAAUUUGCCAGAUAAUAUCAGUGAAGGGCAAGUACAAGUUAGAACUCUUUAUCUUUCUGUGGACCCUUACAUGCGUUGUAAGAUGAAUGAAGAUACGGGCACUGAUUAUAUAGCACCUUGGCAGCUGUCUCAGGUGGCUGAUGGUGGAGGUAUUGGAGUUAUAGAGGAAAGCAAGCAUGCAAAUUUGACUAAAGGCAAUUUUGUGACUUCUUUCUAUUGGCCUUGGCAAACCAUGGUUAUUCUGGAUGGAAAUAGCCUUGAAAAGGUAGACCCACAACUUGUGGAUGGACACCUUUCAUAUUUUCUUGGAGCUAUAGGUAUGCCUGGUUUGACUUCUUUGAUUGGGAUACAGGAAAAAGGUCAUAUAAUUGCUGGAUCUAAUCAGACAAUGGUUGUCAGUGGAGCAGCAGGGGCCUGUGGAUCCUUAGCUGGGCAGAUUGGCCAUUUGCUGGGCUGUUCCAGAGUGGUGGGAAUAUGUGGAACACAUGAGAAGUGCCUCUUUUUGACUUCAGAACUGGGCUUUGAUGGUGCAAUUAAUUAUAAAAAAGGGAAUGUGGCAGAAAAACUCCAAGAAUCAUGCCCAGCUGGAAUAGACGUUUACUUUGACAAUGUUGGCGGUGACAUCAGUGAUACAGUGAUAAGUCAGAUGAAUCAGAACAGCCACAUCAUCCUGUGUGGUCAGAUUUCUCAGUACAAUAAGGAUGUGCCUUAUCCUCCCCCGCUCCUGCCUGCUAUAGAGGCAGUCCUGAAGGAAAGAAACAUCACAAGGGAGAGAUUUCUGGUGUUAAAUUAUAAGGAUAAAUUUGAGCCUGGCAUUAUACAGCUGAGUCAGUGGUUUAAAGAAGGAAAGCUAAAGAUCAAAGAGACUGUGAUAAAUGGAUUGGAAAACAUGGGAGCUGCAUUCCAAUCCAUGAUGACAGGAGGUAACAUCGGAAAGCAGAUAGUUUGCGUUUCAGAAAUUUCUCUGUAAUCUCUGUUGACUUCUUCAUCAAAGAAAUCACAUAUUUUUUUUCCAUUUUACACAAAACAUUGAAGAUUUUUUUAAAAACCUAAGAGUACAGAGUCAGGCGUGGUGGCACACACCUGUAAUCUCAGCACUUGGGAGGCUGAGACAAGAGGAUUGCCAUGAGUUCAAGGCCAGCCUGGGCUACAUAGUGAGUUCAAGGGUUGUCUGAACUAUAUAGUGAGACUCUAUCUCAAAAAACCAACUAACCAACCAACAAACCAAAUAAAAACCUGUAAGACUACAGAUAGCUCGACUUAAA